GGCCGCGGGCGGCGGCGGCGGCGGCGGCGGCUCAUGGCGGAUCCGUGGCGCGGAUCGGAGCCGCUGUGGCGGACGCCGCCCGGCCGCCUGGCCCCGCCGCACAUCUACCGCAUGGCGGGGGCGCUGGGCGCCGAGCUCCGUCGCCUCUCUGCCCGCUUCGGGCCCGAGGCCGUGGCCGGGCUGGUGCCGCCCGUGGUGCGGCUGCUGGAGCUGUUGGAGGCGCUGGUGGCUCCGGUGGCAAGCGUCGAGGGGGAGGUGGCGACACCGGCAGCGCCGGCCGGGCGUCAGGAGGCGGAGGACCCAGAGCAGAGGCUGUGGGAGGCUGAGCGCCGGGAGCGAUCCCUGCAGGGCCGCCUGGCCCGCCUGGAGGAGCAGAACCAGCAGCUCCUGGGGCAGCUUGCAGAGAGCCAGUCCCAGGAAGACAGCACGGCGCGGAAGGAGCGGGAGGUGAUGCUGCGGCUGAAGGAGGUGGUUGACAAGCAGAGGGAUGAGCUUCGUGCCCAGGCCCAUGAGAUCAUUUGCAAGAGCAGAGACACCGAGGCACUGCAGGAGCAACUGCAUCGCUUCAUGGCCAUGAACGAGGACCUGCGUCACAAGGUGGCCGUGGUGCAGGCUCAGCUCAAGAGUGCGCUGGAGAAGAAGUCAGACCUGGAGGCUGCAAUGCUGCAAACCCAGAAGGAAAUGAGCAAGAGGAGCAGGAGCACCCCUGAGAGCCAGCACCCAAAGCCCAGCCUGGAUGGAGCACCGUCACCCGCGGAGGAGCCGCAGCACCAGGAUGGGGAUGUGGGCAAGAGCCAUGCUCACUGCUGCUUCUCCAAGGAAGACCUGCAGCAGAUCCUGCAAGAGCGGAACGAGCUCAAGACCAACCUCUUCCUGGUGCAGGAGGAGUUGGCCUAUUACCAGCGGGAGCUGCUGAAUGAAGAGAGAGUUCCCAGCUUCUUCUUGGAUGCAAUGAAGUCAACUAUCAAAAGACAGAGAAAAAAAAUCAGGGCCAAAAUGCUGGGGACGGUGGAGGAGCCGGCGAGCAGCGAUGAAGAAGAGGGCUCCUGGCUCCCAGCUCAUGGCACAGACUCUGUGGAUGCUCAGCCUUCUGAAUCCAAAAUUAGGAACUUUUUUGGGCUGUGGUAUCAGGGCAGCACCAAAGACGCCCCCGGAGCCAGCUGCUCUGGAGCCUGGGAAAUCAUUGACUCCCUGGACACACAGCUGGAGCCUGAGGGAGAGAGCAAGCCAGCAGCCAGCUCCCCGGACAGAGCCACGCUGCACCUCUGACCCCACCUGGAUGGGAGCUGGAGAUGGCCUCGCAGCAGCGCUUCCCAGCUCCCUUUAUCCUGUUGUCCUCAGGAGCAGCAUGGCAGCCUUGGCCAUGUCUCCAUACCACGGUGACAGCAAAACUGGACUGUGGGCAGCUUUCCUCCAAACCUGCUGGAACAUUCAGCUGUGGGCUGCUGCCCUGGCAGGGGGCAGCUUGGCACCUCCAGGAAUCUUUACCUGCUGGCUACCCUUUCACUGAACUAUGGCUGAACCGUGGGAGUCCUACACAGCCAUGCCCUCACUCUCUGCUUCUCCGUGCUUCCAGCUCAGUGUGGUGGGAAUCUGCACCCUCUUUCUGCUGCUGCACCCCAAAAGGGACCUUCCUGUCUGCUGGUGGUUCUUCCCACUAACCCACUCUGCUCACAGCCCAGGACCCCACUGCCCAGUCCUGCCCUGUGGGGAUGUUUCACCUCACUCCUUUCUUUUCAUACCUUGCCCCAUCCCUGCAAUGUGAAGGUCAAGUCAGGGUGCUCAGGCUGGCUGGGCACUGUCCCAGGUUCACCACACAUCUGGGAGGGGCUGAGCAUGCUGCACUGGGUGUCCAGUCAGGAUCAGCACCAUCAGUGCCGCUCCUGCACUUUUCAGGCAUGGGGUGAAUCAGUUUUGUACUGGGACCUCUUCCUGCUGCUGCUGCUGGGGACUCUUUAAGACUGGAAUAAUCCUCAUGUUCACAGGGGCAAGUCAGACCCUUGAAUCAGGUACAUUCUAGCUCUAGAACUGGAGUUGGAAAUAAAUCAAUCUCCUUUAUUCUCUGAGGUACC